AUGGGAGGAACUACUGAAGUACUGGGCUCCACAGCAGAGCUUGCGGCGUUGCUUGUUUCUGUGGGAGAGGAGACUCAAGGGGUCUGCGCCAAUGCGAAGACGCGCCCUGCACCCCGAGACAUGCAGCUCGAUACUGCAGCAGCGUUAAGGAAGCAGAUUGCGCACAGUUCUGCCGCGACGCAGCGCAGGAUGCAAGGUGGCUCUCCGCAGUGA